UUUACGUUGCAGAAUAGACUCAUUGGUAAUUUAAUUAAUUAAGUAGGUACCUUUAAAAAUGAAGAAGGUUGCCUUUUUGGUGCUAGUGUGUUUAAAUUUCAGUCAUGGGCUAGAGUUAACAGCCCGUGGUCUCGUGGCGCCAGUGUUCACACAAGUCAACGAUGAUCAGAGCAUCGACUAUGAGGAUAUCCCGAUGUAUGCAGAGUACUUGGCGAGCAAUAACAUUAAUAGUAUUCUUGUUGGAGGCAGCACCGGUGAGCAUCCAUCGCUGAGCGUGGAGGACCGGAAGGCGCACCUGGACGCGUGGGUCGCCGCGGCCGCGAGACAGAACCUCACCAUGAUCUACCAAGUGGGGGGCGCGCCGUUCCCAGAUGUCAUGGAGCUGACGCGCUACAGCGCCACCCUCCCCCUAGCCGGGAUCCUGACCCUCCCCGAGCUGUACUUCAAGCCUCAGUCCGUGGCGGAGCUGGUGCGCUACGUGGCGCGGGUCGCGGCGCAGGCGCCGGACAUGCCCGUGGUUUACUACCACAUCCCGGAUAUUACUGGGGUUGAUGUGGACAUGAAAAAGUUUGUGCUGGCGGCCUCAGAACAAAUCCCGAACUUCAUGGGCAUCAAGUACUCCUUCGACGAUCUGAACGAAGCCAUCGAGGUGAAGAAACUCCUGCGCAGCGACCAGGAGCUGUAUCUUGCAGCCAGCGCGGCUAGCACGUUGGUAGCACCAGCGCUCCUCAUGGGCAUACAGUCGUUCAUCGGGACAGGCUUCAACAUAUUCCCGGACCUCGCUGCCCGUAUCGUCGAGGCCGUGGACCGUAGCGACGUGGCGGGCGCGCGCGCGGCGCAACAACAAUAUACUGAUGCUUUGAAUGCUGUUACGAAUAAUUUUACUGAACCAUUCGUGCCAUCUCUGAAGAUGGGCAUGGAGCUAGUGACAGACAUCCCGAUGGGCCCUCCGCUGCUGCCGCAGUCCCCGCCUUCGGCCGAGGCCCGGGAACUGGCCAUGAGGAAAUUAGAGGACUUAGGACUGUUGUAGAUGUAGUUUACCCGU